AUGCGCCCCCUAACAGAUGAAGAAAUGAAGACGGUGUUGGACAAGCUCGCCAACUACAUGUCCGAUCUCAAGAGCCUGAUCGCGCCCCUCGAAGACGGCGACCGUUACGUCUUCCGCCUCAACCACUCUCGCGUCUACUACGUCAAGCUCUCGAUCGCCAACCUCGCCACCAGCAUUAGCCGUGACGCCCUCCUCAGCCUGGGAACCUGCCUCGGAAAGGUGACCAAGACGGGCAAGUUCCGCCUGCACAUCACGGCCCUGCCCAUCAUCGCGGCGGGCGCCCGCCACAAGAUCUGGGUCAAGGACAACGGGGCCCAGCCGUUUCUUUACGGGUCGAACGUGGUUAAGGCGCAUGUUGGCCGGUGGUCCGAGGACUGCCCUGAACAUCAGGGCUGCGUAGUCUACAGCAUGGCAGAUGUCCCGCUUGGAUUUGGCGUGACUGCGAGGAGUACGGCCGAGGCGAGGCGGCUGGACCCCACGGGUAUCGUGUGCUUCCGGCAGUCGGACUGCGGGGAGUAUCUCCGCGACGAGGACACGCUUUUUGCUGGUUGA